CACGUUUGCUGGUUGCUUUAUGUCUGCUGCACAGUUUCCCACAUAGACCUGUGCUAAACAUGCUGUCACGAAAUCUUGUAAUUGCUUCAGUGGCUGUUGUGUUUCUGGCGUCUACCGUAUCAACGGCUCCUGUUGAAGAUAAGGAGCCUGAGGAAAAUGACUUUGAGGCUGAAGAGGGUGAAGAAGAACUGUCUGAAGAGGAAGAGGAUGAUGAUGACUCCAAAGGUCAGCAUAUGAAGGGAGCCGGAUCGCAGCAGGCCACAGCAGCACCCAAAGGCUUGGGUAUGACUCCUGGCAGCGCCGUCGCGGGCGAAUCCCCAAACGGUCAGAAACUUAAUGGUGGCACUCAAACUGGCCAAGUCUCAUCUGGCGGCAUAUCAACAGCUUCAGACGGAGCAAACGGAAGUAACGGUAGAGAUGGGUACUCUCGCCCAUCUGGCUCAAGUUCUCAUGAUGCAAGUUAUGGUGGUCAAGAUGCGUCCAAAUCAGAGAUAGUUCCUCCAGGUGUAGGAACUGGAGGAGCAGGUGCUAAUGGAGGAUCAUCUAAAGUCCCUGGUACAGACGGGGGCGUCCAUUCAGCAUCCAUUUCUGUUGUGUCAUCAGGUCAAGGGUCAUCAGGCCAAGGGUCAUCAGGCCACAUCGCAGCAGGUCAUGGGUCCACAAUGAUAUCCAGCCACACGUUUGGCAGACCUUCAGCGGGACAGACAUCAGAUGGUGUGGGUGUAGUUUCCUCCGAGGUCCAAUCAGAACCUACAGGGUCAGAGGGAUUCACUCCACAUACAGAUGGCUCACAGUAUGAAAAUGGGGAAACAGCUCAUGAUGGAUCUCAAAUCGAGUCUCCAGAAAUUCCUGAGACAGAAUCUAACGGUAAUGGGCACAAACUACUAAAUGGAGGAGAAACAGGAUUUACAGGCUUGGAUCAUUUCAUGGCUGGCACAUCUCAGAUACCAGGAACAGGUGGUUUUGAUUCAUUUGGCACUAGCCCCCACCUGGAAAUUACAGGCAUAAUAGAUCAAUCAAGCCAUGACUUCCUAGUUGGCUUAAUGGGUGGAAUAGGAGAGAGCUUUGGUCCAGACACCCAAACGGACGGGUUAGAUCACAUGGGACUCGCAUUUCAGGUGGAUUCGGCAGCCGCUGGCCUGAGUCCAGGGCACCCGUCCAGUGGCGGUCCGGUUCUAGACGCUCCUCCAGACUCUCCAGGACUGGAUUACCUGUCUGUUGACAAUGGGAAUGGUGAUUAUAUUCAUUCAAUCAGCACAUCUGAUAAUGGAGCCCAUUCAAAAUCACCAGCUGAUACAACAGAUUCAUUGGUAGUCUUUGACACAAUGUCACAUCCGGGUCACUCCUUCAUAGAUUAUUCAGAUGGUGGGGCAGACAAUAAUGGUGCAGAUUUACCCGAUAAAAAUGGAAAUGGAAACGGUCGGCACAAACCUGUGGUAGACAUACAGAAAGGUGACCCUUCAGGCGUUCAUCUCGACAUCAGCGGAACAGGUCAUCAGGGCGCUGCAACGGAGAUGCAUCACACAGCUGUUGCCACGCUUGAUCUAAAUGACCACACUCUCAGUCCUUACGCUGACACGACUGGACUUGAUGGUGUCACCGGUGCAAACAUGCAGACAGAUAUGGCAGGUGCGGCAGGUGAUCCAGUGACUGACGGACAGACUCAAACAGACAUGACAGGGCAGGGACACUUAGCUGUGACAGACGGCAUGCCGAAUUACACAGCAGAUUCUGUGCAUGAGACUGGGACUGGAUUUACAGAUGCCUCAGAGACACAUAGUAGCAUGGUUCAGACAGAUUUACCAGGUAAAUUACGUUUGAAAACAUCUGCCUCAUCAGGUGGACUAACCAUCCAGUCACAGGGGAUCCAUUCACAGGGGUUUCCUCACAGACAGAUGCCAUGGGUACAGCUACAGCUGAACCUCAAGGGACUCUCGGAAGUCCAAGCCAACCUGGUGCUACGGAACAGACACAGCCAGCUGUAUCAGCAGGUGAACAGUACCACACAUCUGGUCAGGGUCCUGAAGGUGCAGAAAAUGUGGAACUGGAAGAUACCUGCUGAUUUCCACAUGAAGCCGCGAGUGAGGUUUCUGCGCUACAGAUUUCAGUGCACGGACCAGUACGCCUGGCAGAGGAACCGUGAACCCGCCCGCUAGACUUUAGCUCUCCUUUGUGUGUGUGUCCGUUUGUUUUAUUUUUGACUAUUUAAACAUUCAGAGGAUACUGUAACUUAACUUUUUAUUGCGCCUGUUUAUAAAAGUGCCCUGUAAGUAUUUUAUUCAUCGAUACGACGAAAGAAAAAUCAAAGGAGUCGAAUGAAGGAGAAAUAGUCACGAUUUAAAAUGUAUUUGCUGUGUACAUUCAACGGUUGUUUUCCCCCUAUAAAUGUCGCUACUGUAUUUUCUCGCCUAGAUGUUUGAGCAAUAUUCUUUACAAAUGUCACAAAUUGUAUAUUGCUGAAUGUAUGACAUUUUAAGAUCUUUACAUUAAAU